AUUUUGUUUUCGUAGGCUACAGCAGUCCAGGGGACUUCGAUGUGUUGGUGUCGAGCUACAGCAGGCUUGACGCGUUUGGGGACCUUCCCUUCACCCAUAGGGCACCGAGCAGCACCUCUGACCGGCUGACCGUGGUCGAUGUUUUGGGUUUGGGUCCCAGGCAGAGGGUGGGAGUCAUCAACCUCAAGGUACUUCAGCUCCUGGACAAUAGGGUGGUGGAGAUCCAAGGAGCGUCGAUGGAGCUGAAAUGCUUUGAGGUUUGUGACUCCACCGGACAGACGGCGUUGAGCGUGUGGGAUCGGCUGAUCUCCACCGUCCAGCUCGGCCAAUGCUACACCUUCUGUUCGCUGACGGCAAGGAAGGAUGGGAGCCGCACUGUUUUAACCACUACCCCAUCCACACUGGUCACCGCCACCACGGGUGUAGGGCAGCCUUCUUCCCUCAGGCAGGUGACUGUCGCGGACGUGGAGAUUCUGUGCGGGCCGGCGACCGCGGUCAAGAGCGUGGCAAAGCCCAGGUGUCCACGAUGCCACGUCGGACAGGACCAGUUGGACGUCAAAUGUUCGACCCACCGCUGUGAGUCGAACAUGUGCUCCAUGCUGCAGCGCACACCAGCGUAUCUGGUGACGUACUCGGGGGUGCUUAUCGUGGCACCCAAAGAUGUCGAUGAUGCAAUUGACAAACUCUGCGCCCUGGAAGAGACCAUCAUGGCGUUGCCAGAGCUGGUCGUUUCUGUUAAUGCAGUAGGACUGGUGGUGCGCUUCGCUCCGGCCGUAGCUGUAAGAGAGGCUAUGGCUGACUGCUCCCUGGGCGACAUUCUGGACACGGAGGAGGCUUCGACGUCCUAUCUUCUGGACGACUGA